UCGGUGGAACCGCACGCACACAGCGCUCUUAGUCUACGCUUUUUUGAGAGUCGAGUUAAAUUUUCCGAAAUAACUGUAAUAUUAUGAGAACAUUUUUAAGUGCUUGUGACUAGUGUUCAUUACGAGAAAAUCAACAGCUGUCCAAGUUGUUAUCAACAGUAAAUAAGGAGCGAAGGUGUGCGUUAGCGCGAUGCGCGGGCGCGCCCCGCACUUGCGGCGGGCGGGUUGCGCGCUGGCUGCGCUGUGUGCGGCCGCAGCGCUCGCAGCCGCUCUGUCUUGGAACUCGAUAUUCGAGUCCGUGUUCUCGUCUCAAAUAGCACUGAAGCCGGAUUCCCGUGCCUUCCGCGACUGGGUAGCGCCGACGUUGCCUCUACUAUUUGACGUCUAUCUCUUCAAUUGGACAAACCCAGAAAAGUUUCCGGAAGAAAUUCCCAACCUGGAAGAAUUAGGUCCAUAUCGGUUCAGAGAGCACCGUCGCCACGUGAACGUCACCUGGCACCCCAACAACGGGUCUAUCUCAUACAGAACCCAGAGGACUUGGUUCUUUGAUGAGUCCAGUAAUGGAACUCUCGAAGACAAUAUCACUAUUAUCAAUGUUAUUGCGGCUUCAGCAGCCUACCAAUCGAGAGAUGCAAGUUUCCUGCGCCAGAAGGGUUUGUCCAUGGCCCUCACGAUGUUCGGCCACGGAAUCUCCAUCUCCAGACUCGCUGGUGAACUUCUUUUUGAGGGUUACGAAGAUCCCCUGAUAGAUAUCGCAAAAAAUCUUCCUGAGAGCACAAGGGGUGGAGCGCCGCCCAUUGAUCGCUUUGGCUUAUUUUAUGGGAGAAAUAACUCAAUGGACACUGAUGGUGACAUGCUGGUGACCACUGGCGAAGAGGACGGCGUUUUACCGGGACAAAUCAUCACUUGGAAUCAUCUUGACCAUCUGCCGUACUACGAGGGUAAAUGCUCAGUGAUGGCCGGUAGCGCAGGAGAAUUUAUGCCCCACAAUCUAACUGAAGAUACUCUGCUGGAGAUAUUCAUGGGCGACCUGUGUCGAACAGUGUAUUUCAACUAUACGGAAACCAACAACCUCCAGGGUCUGACAUAUCACAAGUAUUCGUUGACGGAGAGCAGCUUUGAUUAUUCACCAAGUUCUCCAGAGAACUCCUGCUUCUGCAACGGCGAAUGCGGCUGGAGUGGGGUGAUGAACGUCUCCGCGUGUCGGUACGGCGCUCCGGCCUUCCUCUCCCUGCCCCACUUCCUGCAUGGAGACCCAGAGCUGCGGACCAAAGUGAACGGCCUGAAUCCCGACCCGAAGAAGCAUUCCUUCUAUUUUGGGGUGGAACCGAGACUUGGUGUACCAGUGGACGUUGCAGCACGAUUUCAAUUUAACGUUUAUUUGGAACCAACUCCGAAUAUAGCAUUGUUCGAGGAUGCACCACGCAUGAUGUUCCCCGUUUUCUGGGUGCAACAAAAAGUGACAAUUGACGAUAAAGUGAUAUCGGAAUUGCGCAUGGUCCGCUCCGUAGCGGACUGGGGUGCCACCAUAUGCGCCUGCGUGGCGUUAACCUUCGCUGGUAUAAUAACUUUAGCGUCCUGUUGCAAGAAAUCUCAGUUUAAAAAACCAAAAGACAUUAUUGUCACGCUCGAAAAGCCGAAGGACGAAGCGGAGAUGAAAUUGAACCCGAUGCAGUAGAUUAAUUAGUAUAAAAAUUUGUGUAUACAUGUACAAUUAAACGAACUUACCUGAAGUGAAGUUCUGUUAUGAUUCUACCACUGGCUUGGUGCAAGUUGGCCCACCCAUUCACACAUAGAUGUAUUAUAUAUGCCCAAUAUCUAGAAAAUUGACGAUACAAUCUAUUAAUUAAUAUAUGUAACUCUGAAAGAAUCAGCGACAGCUCACAGCAAGUUUGACAUAAAAAAAGCCCACACUUAUAUUAGAGGAAAAUCUUGGACCAAGCCAGGAGUAUAAUUUUAAACGAGUAUUGAACAUACCUCCAAAUUGUGGAAGGUUAGAUCAAUCAUGACUGUUUAGUUGUAUGUUAUUUUUAUAUGUUUAGGUUGAUAAGAUAUAAUAAGAGUGGAUGGUAAAAUAAGGUUCGAAGAAUUUAAUAAUACAGACCAACGAUGGACAUGUGUUAUGAACACUUGUAAAGACUAUAGCUUAAAUGAUAAGAUUGGAAUGCAAGCUCACGCUUAUUAUAUUAACGUAAUACACACACUUAUUGUGUUAUAUAUGAAAUUCCCAUGUCACAAUUAAGUGACCAAACUCCUCCGAAAUGGCUGGAACGAUUCUUAUGAAAGUUUGUGUG